UGUCGGAAAAUUCAUUUCCUGACGCUAGCAAUUUUGUUGCUUAUUAUAUCUGCCACUGCAUCCAUUUUAUGUCGGAUUUUGCAUAAUAUUUGACAGUAAUAUAUGUUUCUUGUCGGUUUUUGGACCGCCAGAAAUAGAUAAUUUUGUAGUAGUGCUGGACCAAAUCAUACCCGUCGUUUACAUUUAUGAGUUUGAUCCAUGGAAACUUCCACGUAAUUCAACAUCUCUCUCUCUCCUUUUAAUGAUUACUUGUUGGAUUUAUGCUAGCUUCUAGCUUGCCCAGCCAUGGAGUUUACACCAUAUUAUAGCUAGUGUUUGCUUUUCAUCACUUUCCCUACGACCGUGCCAGUUUUAGGAUAAUGAAUGUUAUAUAUGUUUGUAUAGAGCACUAAUUUACAGCAUCGUGUACAUUGUUGAUAUUCAGUGAAUACUGUUCAAUUUCCUUUUUUGGUAUAUAUAAAAAUUAAAAUAUGAUAUAUGAAGCUAGUAGUUUGCUAGCUUAGCAUGCAAUUUCAUAAUUUACACUUUAAUUAAUUAAUUAGGUUUAUAAUGAAUUAAAAAUUAACAGAGGUUGCGGGAGAGGUGAGCCAUGGAGAUUCAGAGCAGUGGUUCUUUUUCAUCCCAAGACCAGAGAGUGAAGCUCGAGGAGGGAGACCGAGACGACUCACAACAAUUGGGUAUUGGAAAGCAUCAGGAUCUCCGAGCACUGUGUACUCUUCCAAUUCCAAUUACAAUCGUCCCAUCGGCCACAAAAGAACCAUGGGUUUCUACAUUGGCAGAGCUCCCCGUGGAAAGAAAACCGAGUGGAUGAUGAAUGAAUACAAAGCCAUCGAAGCUCAUGCUGAUCAUAAUAAUCAACUAUCAAUGGCAGCUUCUUCAUCAAUCCCUAGAACAAGUACUCCUUCUGCUCCCACGUUAAGGCAAGAAUUCAGCUUAUGCCGAGUGUACAGGAAAUCAAAAUCCCUUAGGGCAUAUGACAGAAGACAUCCAGGGAUUGAGAUCACAAGAAACCCUAGCUUAAACAUUCAAGCAGCUCCUGCUCAGGGUGCAAAUCAUCUGAAUCAAUGUUCGACAACGUCGAAUAGGAACCCUCAGAAUAUGGGACAGAGAACAAACUUAAGCUCACUGGAGAGUUCAUCCUCAGGAGGCCAUGCCUCUCAAUCCUCUCAACCCGAACAAAGUGGGAUUUUGCCAAUGGCCGUUGAUGAUGAAGCUAUUUGGGAUUGGGACGAAUUAAUGGACAACUGGCUUUAAGUGGUGGACAAAAAUUGAUAAAAGGUUAAGUUUCCACUACUGGAAUGUUUAGCUACUAGGAAAAUGGAUUAAUGCAGGUGGAAUCAUUUGUAGGGUUUAUCCAUUCUAAGGUAAUGUCUGUACUACAAUUUGGAAAAGAAAGCCAAAUUCAUAUUGUACGAGAUGCCCUCACAAGUCUAACCUAUCUUGAUGCCUUUUGCUUAGUUUGAAACAAAUAUACAUAGGUUCUUUGUCAAAUGUGUUUUCAUUGUAUUAUGUAUGUUUCUAAUCGGACUAUUCUGUAUAACCUUGAAAGUUUGCAGAAGUACCUACAGAAUUUAUCACUUUUUUUUACAUUUAUGUGUUGGUAAUAUUAGAAU